AUGGCAGCAAGGAAAAGUAUAAAAUACACUGACCUGCAGGAAAUGGACGCCGAGACUGGACUUGCUCAAUUGCAAGCUAUAUCGUGCUUAAUUGAUAAGCGCAUCAAUACGCCGAUUCAAAUGAAUGGAAACCCAGUGCCGAACUAUCAUGAAUUUUCUUCUCAGAUGAAAUGUAUAAUAAAGGAGUCUCAAGUGGUGAAAUCUCAGCUGUUGUGGUCACGAAGUAGUGGUAUCGUAACACAAUCUAGUGAUUCCGGUAUCAGCAUAAGGAUCUUACGAACAAGAUUACUGCAGGGAGCAUUGACAUGGCAAUUUAGUAAUAGCGGUCAUCAAGUUAUUGACUCAGAUGCACUGCGCUUGUAUGUGCAGCUGAAACUCCUUUGA